AUGCAUGUGUCGGGCCGGCAUGUCAUUGGACAGAGUUCGGCUGCUGCUGUCCUGAGCACCUCACCUGCAGAGCAUGAGGAUACGUCCUUUAACGUUUUGGAGCCCAAUGAUUUCUUCACCAUGGAUGCCAUGGAUGGAGUCGUCACCAACGAUAUGGAUUAUGGAGUCAUCACCAACGAUAUGGAUUUGCUGCAGACGCGGAAGCAGACAGCUGGUCGCGAAAGCUAUCUUGCGGAGAUGAUCCGGCUCGAUGGUCGUGGGGAUGCUGGCAAUAUGUGUGCAGGCUGUGCUGUGAUGAUUCACAAAUGUACUGUCACUGGCUGCACUGUCACUAACCAUUUGUGCUUGCCCACCCAUCGCAUCGACGAGUGGACUGGUGUGUGUUUCCAGAGGACGUCACUCAAGAAGCUAGGCCUUCGUAUUCAACUCGGACAUCCUAUUGGCCAGCGCUGUAUCCUUCCCCAUAAAGCCUUCAAUGAUGACUUCGUUAUCAUGGAUACGGACGGUAUACACCAGGUUGGACUCGACUUUUGUGGUUGCGAGACUGCGCAAACACAUACGAAGCAACUACUCCGAAAUCGAUGGUUCCCGUCCACCUCAACUGACCCCAGGACCGCAGCGACCUUUCGAGUACUACGACAGUAUCAUAUCCUUUCAUUUGAGUCGAAGGCAUCUGCGUACGAGUUCUAUCAUACACUCGUUCGCUUGACAGAUAAUACGGGCUUGUCAAAUCGUAAGGCAGACCGCUAUGAAGCAUUUAUGAGAAUGGUGCGCGAAUGGCGCCACCUGAAGAUGGUGAAGCGCUUUGGUCGUGGUCACGACCCAGCCGGUGUUAAAGCUACAUCGCCCGGAGAGUGUGCUAUUCUAUGUCCAGCAUGCCCACAGCCGGGCAAGAAUCUGCCUGACGGUUGGCAAGAUGUUGGGAAAGCCAAACGGUGGCUAUAUGCAAUUUUUGUUGCAAUAGACGCGAAUUUUCGAUUGAAGAGACGCGAUGUUUCGAAUGAAGAUGUAGACCCCAGCCUUUCAAAAGGCUGGGCGUAUUUCAUGGAAGAAAAAGGAUACAAGACCUUCCUGGCCCAACACCUCGGAGAUGAGCAGGAGCCCAUGCUUAUUCACACCACCCUGCAGAAAAGCUCAUGUUCAAAUCACAAUGCCGUCAACAUGGCUGAUACGAAGCUGUCACAAGGGCUCGCAGCUACAGGUGUGGGCACGAUCGAUUGCGCCCGUCAUAACAUGAAACGACCAAACGGAGUCGGAGAUUUACAGAAAGGUGAAAAAUACCUCAACAUGGACUAUCUUACACAACUCCAAAUGUUAAAUGUUUCGUACGACAUCGCGUGCCAAUGGCACAAGAACCUCUGGGCGCGGAUGAAAUCAUUUCCUCAAUCCCACAGUUUGGACUACCUCACAAAGGUGAUUCGAUUUUUCGUGCCAAAGUUUCAUCUCCCCGCACAUAUCGCAAAGUGUCAAACACUUUUCUCGUUCAACUUUACGCGUUUCGUCGGCCACACAGAUGGUGAGGCCCCAGAGAGAGGGUGGUCAAAUAUUAACCCCGUGGCCUCGAGUACGAAGGCUAUGGGCCCUGGCUGCCGUCGUGACACCCUGGACGACCAUUUUGGGGAUUGGAACUGGAAGAAAACAGUUGGGUUGGGCGCCUCUCUCCUCCUCAAGAUCAAGGACGCCCUUGCUGAGAGGGCCGAACACAAAAUGGCAUUCGAAGAAUUCGACACCGCUAUCACUCCCGACCACCGUUCUGCGUGGUUGGCAGAAAUGGAGGUUUGGGAGGUCAAUCCCAAUGACACAACUCCUCGUACUAACAAUCAUUUAGCCAUCACGCAAGCAAGUGCACGGCUUAAGCUUGCUGAGUUGGAGGCCGAGGAACUUCGGCGGGGCAUCGACACGUCUUUACAUCCGGAAAUAUCACGUAGUAUCCAUGCUACUGAUACACAAAAAAGCAGCAUCGUGCGAAUGCGGAACUUGCUACGGCGCAAAAUCGACAUGUGGAGACGCGCCCAUGUCCUCUACCUCCCCGCUGUCCAAAGCAUUAUCAAUCAUGCAGUGCGUGAAGUUCAAGAGAAUGCCGAAUGCAUGAAGCUUUGGCUACCUUCCCAGCUGAGAGACAAACCAUGUGAUCCACGCCUGCAAAAUGAUGAGUGGGAGUUGCGCUACGCUCAAGCUCACGACACACUCGAAGAGAUCCGUCAGUGCUUGCGGAUUCAUUGCUCUCUGCUGUCAUUCAAACGAGAAUGGAUCCGGGGUCAAGGCGCGAACACGCGAGCUCAGAAUGCUCUCGCUCGGGUCCAUGGAAGGCGCACUGCGUGCGUGAAGCGAUACCGGUCGACAUGGGUGGCGCUCAAGGCCCUAGCUACAGCAAUGGGGAAGAAAGACUGGCAGGGGAGGUUGCAGGAGCUGGCGGAUAAUGACAUCAAGCCCCUCGUGGAUCCGUUCGCUACUGGUGAAGGGAGACGUCAAGUAUCUUGGAUCUGGAUGAUGGAUGGCGUUGAUUGCAGUGACGAAGGUGAUAAUGAUGGUGUCCGCAUCGAGUGGUGUAAAAGCCGUGCGAGGGCACUGCGCUGGUCAGAAGAGGUGGAGUUGUUGAGGGAAGAGAUGCGCAGAGUGCUUCAGUUUUUUGCCUGGCAGGCAGCGUGGUGGGAAGAUCAAGGAAAGCGGCGUGUUGGAGAGUGUGCCGCGCACGCUGAAGGGUUGUAUGCAUAUGCUGUCCGACAGGCUAACCUCCGUCGCAGGAUGGCAGACGAUUUUCGCAUACUGUGGUCACCUUAUCUUUCACCGCAUGCCCUCCCACAAGCCCUCCCCAUCAACCCGCCAUCUCAGCUGUCUGAACUGUCGUUACCUGACCUCACCAUACCCGAUAUUCCCUAG